AUGUAAAAAUAAAAGUUUAAAUCAAAAUUAUUGAUUGAACGUCAAAACCGAAUACUUCAUGCAUAACUUAAUUACAUUGUUUCAAAUCAAGGCUACUACUUAAAAAUAAAAAGUAAUAAAAAUUUAACAUCAUUUUUAGAUUUAACUAUGACAUUAAUUGAAGCUAAUAAUGAUAUUGAGGAUAUGCAAACAGGAAAGGGAAUUGAAUAUAUGGUGUUGAAUUUGUGUUGA